GUCUAAGUGUCAAAAUGAAUGAUUUGAUUGUGUAUACAUCUCUAUCAAGUGUAUUUGGGGUUUGUUAUGAUGAAAAUGCAGUUGUUAAAAUUGUGUCCCGAUCUUACAUAUUAUUGAAUGAAAUAAAUGUAUUAACAAAGCUAGGAGUCAAUGAUGGUAUAAUAAGACUUGAUGGUUCGUCUGAUACAGCGAUGCUAUUAAGAUCACGAGCAGUUGAAACAUUCAAGAAUAAAUGUCAUGAAAAUGGGAUAGUACAUGGCGAUACUCGAUUGACAAAUAUCCUUUUGGAUAAAAAUGGCAAACUUAUACUUAUCGAUUUCGGAUGUGGUUCAGAUGCAGGCAAGGAAUGGUAUGGAAAUGGACCAAGAUUGCCACUUUUAUCUUUAAGGCUGAUACGAUUAACAACCAUCAGUACUUUUGUCGGAAGAUGGAAUCCGCAAAUCUUUACAGAUUAUCAAGAUGAUCUGUACACUCUAAUACAAUCAAUUUACAUUCACUUAAAUAAGGAUUAUGUAUUACAAGCACUUGAAAACAAUAUUGAAGACCUGAAUCAUGUUAUUUCAUUCUGGGAUAAAGUAUUUGUAGAUGAGUGGAAAAUUGCAAAAGCACCAAAGUUUACAGAAUGUAAAGGAAAAUUUCUGGAAAAAUUUAACGUUAAACUCUCACCUUUACCUCUCGAUUUUGGAAAAACCGAGACCGUUACAGUCUCUGGAAAAUUACCGCGUUACGCCUUGGAAUUAGUAAUGGUGAUGGGGACGCGAUCUUUAGCGAAAAGUGUGGAUUUUUGUGCUUGUCCCGCUGGUCCUGGAACAAAAUUUAAUACACCGGUGAAAUUUAAUUUAAGAAAUAACAAUACACCUGGACCAUUUAAGGUUUUGUUUCGUCUUGAAAUUGGUGAAGAAAUUUUGGUCCUAUUUCCUAAUUUCGGAAAUUUGAAAAUAUUUUCGAUUUAUGUUCCGAAAAUUUAUCAUUUCUAA